GAAGGGGGAAUCGAUGAAGACGAAUCGGGUUUGAAGUCUGUUUAAAUACUAAAUCACGGAUGCCAUGGCAUGUGAAGAGCUAUCGUAGAAGCACACCAAAAUCGGCCAAGGAGAGCGAACGUUGGACAGAUUUGGAAGUUGUCUUGCUAUGUAUGGAAAGUGCUGGAUGUCAAAGCCACGCAUGACGCAAGGAUGACGUCGUCCAUAAGUACGGAAAUGGACACCGAAUACAUCUUUCGAACUGCCACACGGAAAAGGCGAUGAUAGGAUCGCUCAGGACCAGGAGCCAAAAAACGAGAAUGAAAUGGGUCAAAGGACACAGUGGAAAUGAAUUAAACGAAAAGGCAGAUAGACUCGCCGGACAAGGAGCAAGCAAACGAACAAUAGACGACCUGAAAACUGAGAUACCUGCAACGCUGAAGCUCUCGGGAGCGAAAUUAACAACACUCACCCAGAAGCUUGCAUACAGAGGCAUCCGGAAACAAACAAUGCAAACCUAUAAGCAAAGAAAUAGGACGGUACUGAACAUCGUCAAAAUCAUUGAUUUCGCAGAGACGCACCAUGAUAGAUCGAUAUCAGAGGCCCAAAUCUGGACAGGAAUACGAAACAAAGACCUAAGGAGAGAGAUCAGGUAUUUCCUAUGGAUGACUAUACAUGACGCCUACAUGGUUGGAUCGAACUGGCUACGACCCAGCUACUCGGAGGAGCUGCAAGCAAGACACGAAUGUCAGAUAUGUGGAGUCGAAGAAUCAAUGCAACACAUACUGACCGAAUGCGACGCCCCGGGACAAAAGGAAAUUUGGGAACUCACAGAAAAGCUAUGGAAAAUGAAAAACAAGAAAUGGACAAAGCCAUUGAUAGGCGGGAUCCUAGGAUGUGCGAACGCGAUGUUCAAGACAGAGAAAGGCAAGAUAUUGAAGAGAGACGCACGACUCUAUAGGAUCCUAGUAUCGGAAGCGGCAUACCUGAUAUGGAAGCUACGAAACGCCCGAGUCAUCCAGUCUAACGGGGAACACCACUCAUCGAAGAAUGAAAUAACAAACAAAUGGCUCAACGCAAUAAAUGAAAGACUGACGAUCGACUGCAAGAUGACCAAUAACAAAAAAUAUGGAAAGAAAGCGUUGAAACCAGCACUAGUAGAAAGCACAUGGAAAGGGGUAUUGAAGAACGAAAAAUACCUACCUUAUGAUUGGACGACAGGAAAGGUUGGGGUUUUAGUGGGUAUAGAGCCAGAACGGUCGCGUACAGGGGAGAGGCACAUCGGAGAUUAG